AGGGUGUCCGGGAAGGGAGAGGAGGGCAAAGCCCCGCCCCCAUCUCGCCAUCAAGUAAGGGCGGAGUGGGGCGGGGUGGUGCGUACGCGUCAUCCAAAGGAGGCAGGUUGUGGCUGCGCCGCAGCACGAGGCCGGACCCAGGGGUGAGCUUCCCAUGUUCCCAUCUCUACCAUGUUGCCAUACUGUUUUCAAGAGGUGAUGAAAGCAACCCGCUGUGGCAUUCCACACUCCAGAUUACUGCCAUGGUUAAUUGGAACCCAGUCAAGGUUUUUGUGUACUGUGCUACAAACCAGACGGAGGCGAGUGGUGAUCACUGGUAUUGGAUUAGUAACUCCUCUUGGGGUUGGAACUCAGUUGGUGUGGGAUCGACUCAUCCAGGGACAAAGUGGCAUUGUUUCACUGGAGGGUGAGGAGUAUAAGAAUAUCCCUUGCAAAGUCGCUGCCUAUGUGCCCAAAGGGGCUGGUGAAGGCCAGUUUAAUGAAGAAAACUUUGUGUCAAGAUCAGAGACUAAAUCUAUGUCCUUUCCUACCAUCUUGGCCAUUGGAGCAGCAGAGUUAGCAAUCAAAGAUUCUGGUUGGCAUCCUCAAUCAGAAGCCGACCAAAGGAAUGCUGGUGUGGCUAUUGGUAUGGGAAUGGUUCCCCUGGAAGUGAUUUCUGACACAGCUCUGAUGCUUCAGACAAAAGGAUACAACAAAGUCAGCCCGUUCUUUGUCCCUAAGAUCCUGGUCAACAUGGCAGCUGGUCAAGUCAGCAUGCGUUACAAACUCAAAGGACCCAAUCAUGCCGUCUCAACUGCGUGCACCACGGGAGCACAUGCUGUGGGAGAUUCUUUUAGAUUUAUAGUGCAUGGAGAUGCCGAUGUGAUGGUGGCUGGAGGAACAGAUGCCUGCAUCAGCCCCUUGUCUCUGGCCGGAUUUUGUAGGGCUCGGGCUCUGAGCACAAACUCUGAUCCCAAGUUGGCUUGCCGCCCGUUCCAUCCGAAGAGGGAUGGCUUUGUAAUGGGGGAGGGAGCCGCUGUCCUGGUGCUAGAAGAGCAGGAACACGCUGUUCAGAGAGGAGCCAGGAUCUAUGCAGAAAUUCUGGGCUAUGGACUUUCAGGGGAUGCUGGCCAUAUAACGGCCCCUGAUCCAGAAGGAGCGGGGGCUGUGAGAUGUAUGGCUGCUGCGAUCAAAGAUGCGGGCAUCUCUCCUGAAGAUGUGUCCUAUGUCAACGCACAUGCGACUUCCACACCUCUAGGAGAUGCUGCUGAAAACAAGGCUGUCAAACAACUCUUUAAAGAGCACGCUCGUUCUCUUGCUAUGUCUUCCACCAAGGGAGCAACAGGACAUUUGUUAGGAGCAGCCGGAGCAGUGGAAGCUGCUUUUACUGCCCUGGCUUGUUACCAUCGAACACUGCCACCUACGCUCAACUUGGACCGCUUAGAACCUGAGUUUGACCUCAAUUAUGUCCCAGUGACAGCCCAGGAGUGGAAAACAGCAAAUAGACGCAUUGGCCUGACCAACUCCUUUGGCUUUGGAGGGACGAAUGCAACCCUCUGCAUUUCUGGCAUGUAGGUGUGUGUAUUUUGUAUGUCCAUGAACACUGAUGUAUGCAUGAUGCCAGUGAAGAUUAAUUAGAUAAAGAAAUAAUAUACAUGUGUGGAUGAGCAUAUGGAGUCUCUCCUUGAUGUUUCUGAUUUGGGAACUUUCUGGUCCCAUGUUUCAGAUACCUACAGAUACUCUUUCCUCUUUCAUCUUCCAUCUUAUUUUCCCUUGAGCUGAAAUCUGCAUCCAUGAAACUUGUACCCAUUGACCUUAGUUCUACCUUCCAGAACCCCCAGCAGAAGACUCAGCCCUUUCCCACAGAAUAUCUGUAUAAAUAUUUAAAGACAAUUAUCUAGAUCUCCUUAGAUUUUAUUUUACCACAGCUGUUGCAUGCUCUCCUUGAAAUUAAUAAUGGGCUCUUCAACCAUAAAUUGCUCCUUGAAAGAUGACAUCAAAUUAAAUAGAAUGCUAUGGCAAUUUAAUUCUCUGGGAGCCACUUCAUAAUAUAUUUUGUUGGAAAAUUAAAUAUUAUUUAUACCAUUGUUGAGAACAGUUGUUUAAGUGGUAGUUAAUGUUUUUAGAAACUGGUUAAAAUAUGUUUCCCAACUUGUUUCAAGUAUCCUGAGAUACUAAAGUUGUAGAUAGUCCAAAAUAAGAAAUUUAUUUGAAAUUUUGGACCUUUAAGGAUAGAUAUGAAGUUAACAUAUCAUUUCCUUUCCAAAAGUUCAAUCAAUUAGACAGUUUUGGAGGCUAUAGUAGGAUUUUAGAAAGAAAAAUCUGGAACUAUGAAUUCAUUGAGAACUCCCAUCUAAUUCAUCUCCCCAACCAUUCUGCCACUUAGAGUCUUAGAGUUGCCUGGGACAUGGAAAGGUGGAAUGCUCAAUGUCAUGUAGCAUGUGGCCCAGGCAGACCUUGAACCCAGGUCUUUCUGCCUGAAAUUGGUGCUUUUAUUUAUUGUACCAAGCUUCUUCUCUUAGUAGAGACUAGACAAAUAAGAUUACCACUAGAAACAUGUAAGGGGCAGGGACUGAGGGUAAAGAGAAAUUGUAAAGAUGUUGGGAUUGUGUCCCUGGAAAAUUUAAGAUUACAUGGAGAUUCAUUCAUCCAUUAAGUAAGUAUUAAGUGCCUACUAUGUGCCAGACACUGUGCCCAGCUGGGAAUUCAAAGCCAAAAUGGCCUAGUCCUGACCUUAUGGAGUUUACAUUCUUUUGGAGGAUUAUAAUCAACUCAUUUUAGAGGGAUGAAGUUCAACUUUAAAUAAAAAACACCCUUGAAC